AUGGCAACGCCAGUCGUAGGGGCCGCGGCGCAAGUGGGAGCGAGUGGGGGCGCGACGGCAGCGAGGGCGGCGGACGCGGAGAGGGCGCAGCUGGUGCAGCAGCUGAACCUGGCGGGCGUGCGCGCGCGCGUGGCGGAGCUGCAGGGCAGCAUCGCGCGCGUCAUGGGCGCCUUCCACGAGCAGCACGUGCACCUCAAAUGCUCACCUACACUCGUCCCUGCCACGGACCACUGCACCCACCCAUGCGCCCGCCUGCUUCCUGCCCUCGGACUGCCCUCCUUUCCUCACCCCCCUCUCCUCACCUCACCCCUCUCUCCUCACCUCACCCCUCUCUCCUCACCUCACCCCUCUCUCCUCACCUCACCCCUCUCUCCUCACCUCACCCCCCUCUCCUCACCUCACCCCCCUCUCCUCACCUCACCCCCCUCUCCUCACCUCACCCCCCUCUCCUCACCUCACCCCCCUCUCCUCACAUCACCUCUCUCUUCUCCGCACUCCCUUCUCCCCACCUUCCCGGCGGAGGCGGUGGCGGCGCUGAGUGUGGUGAGUGCGGGGCUCUACAGCCUCGUGGAUGACGUCAUGCCCAUGCUGCGCUCCUUCGCUGUGUGCCCCGCCACUGUCACCGCUCACAAUGCUGCCGUGCUGCCCAUAAUGCUGUCGUCCAAGCUGCUGCCGGAGAUGGAGGUGGAGGGCCGAGCAAGAGAGGAGGCGCUGAGGGGGCCACUGGCAGCGCUGCCGGUGGCACAGCAGCUCGAGCUUCUGCAGCUGCAGGCGAAGAUGGUGGACGUGGCGUGUGAGCGCGCGGAGAAGGUCAUUCUCGAUGCGCGCAAGGCGCACGGCAUCGGGGCGCGGCAGGCGGCGGCCAGCGUGGCGGCGCUGUACGGCGCAGGCAGCACUGACAAGGCUGCUCUCGCCCGCGUCGCCGACCAGGAGAAGCUUCUCAGAAAUGCACUGGCCACCGGCGAGGGGUUCCGAGUGCCCCCCCAGCCGGCCGCUGCUGGCCCUGCCCCUCCCGCCCACCGCGGCCACCCAGGCCAGGCGGCGCCAGCAGCACCUGCCCUGCCGCCACACAGAUCGCCAGCAGCACCUGCCCUCCCCACCCCAGAUCGCCACACGCUGUCCUCCUGGAGGGCAGACGCAGCUCCUACCUCCUCAGCACGAAGGUAG